AAAUGUUUUAGCCAUCUUGACUGGCUUCUAUCGAAGGUCGCUGCCUCCAACCCUCCAUCCUUUCGAGAUCAUGCAACAACAAUAAAGCGACGACCAUGAGCGACCCCGCCACACAAGAGCCCACCGAAGACCUAACUUCAGGUCCGUUCACAGUCCUCUACAAGGCCGUCAAGGGUAACCUGCAAGUCUUGGUCAAUGUCAGAAAUAAUCACAAGCUCUUGGGGAGGGUGAAAGCCUACGACAGGCAUAUGAACCUGUUAAUGGAAGACGUGAAAGAAACCUGGACAGAGACUUCCAAGGGUGGAAAAGGAAAAAAGAGGGGAACCGUGGUCAAUAAAGAUCGAUAUGUUAGCAAAAUGUUCCUUCGUGGUGACUCCGUGAUUUUGAUUGUCAGCAAUCCAGCCUCUUUGGUAAACACUGCUGCAGCAGAAGCAUCAUGAUAAGAUUUAUUCUAAAGGAAUGCCAUCAAAAUCAAAAAGUUUGCUUCCAUGAUUUUUUUUUCAGGGAAGACAAGGCACAAAUUGACGGUUGGGCUUCCAUGUAUUGCAGGGCAUUCAUCCAAGGCCGUUUCACAAGCAACACGAGAACAACAGGCAACAGUUACAUCCCCAAGACCUUGAAUGGCCGGAGGUGCCACUAUUGUGUACACGUAUUUCCAAUUUAAGCGUAAAUCAAAGCAGUUGCCAUCCUUGC